GGAGGGGGGGGGAUUGACGUAAAUAAUAAUAAAAAUGGCAUCGUACCUGUCGAAUCGCGGGACGUUUCGGUCGGAUUAAUUCCGCAUUUUCGUCACGAGAUAAAAACCACCGACGCGAUAUUAUUGUGAUAUGCGUAAUCGAACCGACGACGGAACGGACAGCGGGCUGCAGUCACCGUUGAUAUGCGAGGGUAAGCCUGAGUUUCGGGUGAAAUAGAGAUACCGAGGAGGCAGUUCCCGUCGCUCUCGGCUCGGACUGCUGAUCGUAAGAUGGCCGAGGAAAAAGUCAACAACACUCACUGCCACUACAGCGAGGAGGAGGACGAGGAAUCCGACGGCGUCGUCGUCCCCGAACUCCAGGGCAUAUUGUCCAAGUGGACGAACUACAUCCACGGCUGGCAGUCCCGUUUCAUCGUCCUCAAGGACGGCACCCUCUCCUAUUACAAAUCGGAACAGGAUAGCGGAUUCGGCUGCCGAGGAUCCAUUAGCCUCUACAAAGCUGUUAUCAAGGCUCACGAAUUUGACGAAUGCAGAUUCGACGUGUCCGUCAAUGAUUGUCUUGUUUGGUAUUUAAGAGCCAAUACUCCUGAAGAAAAGCAACGUUGGGUCGACGUUUUGAAAUCGUACAAGGCAGAGUCUGGAUACGGUAGCGAAAAUAGCCUGAAACGUCAUGGCAGCGCCGUAUCUCUCACAUCCAAUACACAGUCCACGGCGAGCGGUGGUAGUUUUAGUAAACGCGGGCUCCGAGGGCUGAAGGAAAAGUUGGCGGAAAUGGAAACUUUCAAGAAUAUAUUAGUCCAACAGAUUGACACGCUCCAGAAGUAUUUUGAUAACUGUGCGGACAUUGCCAAAGUGUCGCCGGCAACAAAUCAGCAAAAUCUGACUGAUGUGGAGUUCGAUCCGGCUGAACAAUCGGUCGACUUCAAGGGUGAAGCCAUCACAUUUAAAGCCACCAGCGAAGGAGUCUUGGCCACUCUCCAGCACUGUCUGGAUCUUAUGACACAGAGGGAAGACGCCUGGCGUCGCAGGUGGGAAAGAGAAGUUGAGAAACGCCGGAGAGUCGAGGAGCUUUAUUACAAAGCUGUUAAGGAACAGGUUGCCACCUCCAGAGAGGAUUUCCCGACACCCAGAGUCCUCAUACACGGAGGUCCUGACUACGAGGAAGGUCCGCACAGCACACUUUGCGACGAGGAAUUUUACGACGCAGUCGAAACAGGCCUGGACAAAAUUGACGAAGAAAAUCAGCUUCGGGACAGGUUGAAGCAGAAGGUUGUCUCCAUUCCGACAAGUCCUACAACGCCGGCAGCUAAACAUAGGCUUUGGCCAGAGAUUGACAAAGUCUCAACCGAGCAGCUGCAUUAUGCAAGACUCGGAGUAGGCGGAGCUGGAGGUUGGCAACUAUUUGCAGAGGACGGAGACAUGCGGAUGUACAGGCGUGAGGAGGAGGCUGAUGGCCUGGUUGUCGAUCCACUCAAGGCUUGCCACGUUGUCAAGGGUGUGACAGGGCAUGAAGUUUGCAACAUAUUCUACAGCCCGGAGUACAGAAGCGGAUGGGAAGCAACCCUAGAGGACAUGACUGUUGUAGAAAAAAUUUCUGAGGACACUCUAGUAUUUUUACAAACGCACAAACGGAUAUGGCCGGCCAGCCAGAGGGAUGCUUUAUUUUGGUCCCACAUUCGAAGGGUUUCGGACGACCAGGAUCCCGACGCUCACGAUCUAUGGAUCGUCUGUAAUCACAGCACUGAAUACACGGAACAUCCGCCAAAUGCCGGAAAGUGUGUUCGAGUUUAUUUAACUGUUUGCUUAGUUUGCCAAACGUUUAUAGACCCGCCAAAGGAAGGAAGUGAGAUUACGAGGGAUGACAUUACAUGUAAAAUUACCUACUGUUCCGUCGUUAAUCCUGGCGGCUGGGCUCCAGCGUCAGUUCUUCGGGCGGUCUACAAACGGGAAUAUCCAAAAUUUCUGAAACGCUUUACGAGCUACUGUAUUGACCAAUGCAAAGACAAGCCAAUUUUAUUCUGAUCACCCGCCACCCCAGUGAAUUAUUCAUAAUAUUGUACACAAAUAAUAUCUGUCAACUCGGACGUGAUGGGACAUCCCCUGAAAUAUAUAAUUAAAGUAUAACAAUAAGUUCACUCCGAAUAAGUAAAUAUAUAUUUCUUCAUAAAGAGAGGCAGAGUGAGAAAAAAAGAAAGAAGCGAAAAAAAAAAUAGAAAAAAGAAAACGAUAAUACAUUAAAUAAAAGGUGUGGUUCAAUGUUUAUCCGUAAAAUUUGCUAACAGUUAAGGUUGUUCACCUUGCAUUUUCGUGCGACACGAUAUUAAUCAUUACAGCUUAAUGAUAGUUACUUAAACUCAAACGAAUAUCUAUCCUAAAUCGAAUUGAAUUUUCAGAUCCAAUCUUAUAAUAUGUGAUAAAAUAUAAAUCUAAUGAUUUUUAUUUCUUAUUUCAAACAUGCUAGAUUUUCGAGUUUUCAGAUAUGCAUACGUGGUGAACAAUUGUUUGCGAUCGCUUUAGAGAACACACUUACUACUUUGGAUCCUCCUGUGAAGAUACGCAUGUAAAUUUUAAGAAUAUUUAAGAUUGGAAAAAACAGCAAAUCUUACAAACUAUUAAUACCAAUGAGUGUCGAAUUUUGCACAAGGUUUUACAAGAUUAAUCGACGUUCAUUUUUACCACAUUAUUGAUCUCGAGCAUGUAAAACGUAUCUGACAAAGAUGCGAUUGUUGAUUAAUCAUAAAUUUCAAUCAUGCUUCGUCGCCUAUUUCGAAAAUAGACAAAAUCCACUGUCAUAUAUAGUAGUUUACAUUUAAAAAAAAUUAUAAUUUGUCAAUUCAACUUUGUGAGUCACGUUGUGUGCCCGAGUAACGAAAAACACAUUCUCAGCCAAUUUUCGAGUAUUAUACUGGAGAUAAAUUAUAGUGAUAGCAGUACCUAACGAUGAAGGAAGAUGUAGGAGAAAAAAAAAAAAAAAAAAAAAAAAAACGAAAUAACUAACAGAAAGGAACGAAGUGAAAUCAAAAGUCAGAGUUUAUAUAUUUACGUAUAUUUUCUCUUGUAUAAAUUUCGAGCAUUAUACAUAGAUGUAUUUGGUACAUGAUUUAAGCGCCAUCUGAUAGAAUUGUAUAAGAAAAAUGUAAAAGAAUUAG